AUGGCUCAUGGGCAGGAGGAGCUGCAGGAGCUGCAGGUGUUUUAUCAGGCUAUUAGCACAGCAAGUGAUUGCUUGAUACGUGUAUCCGACUCGGGAGAACCAGCCGAGAGCCAGCCUCAUGUAUCCUACACGGGGAUUGGAGGGACAUUGGAGUGCCUCUAUGCCCAAUCAAUGGAAACCUACAUCACCUUUGGAUAUAAUCCAACCGCACAUCCUUUGCCUUUGGAAGGCACGUCAGAUGGACAAGCAGAUUGUCACAGAAUUGCAGAACACUUCGACACAUCACACUACGGUCUCGGGCUCACUAAAUUUCUCAAAAUUCACGAGGGUAUGGGCCUGCGAAGAACACGCCAGCAAAUGCAUACUGUUGAGACUAUCUGUGAGGCGAUGACCGAUCUGCGUCAGACUUAUCCAAAUGCUGGAGCACGUGAAAUGGUGAGCCUGUUAUUUCAUGAACAGAACAUGAGUGUGGCCAGGAGUGUGGUGACGUCUUACUUUGCCAUAUACGAGCCAGAACUUGUCCUCCAGUGCAAGGCCAAUCGCCUUCGAAGGAGGCGAUUUUGGGCAGCAGGAGUUAACGAUAUAUUCACAGUUGAUCAACAUGAUAAGUGGCUUAGGUACGGCCUCGGCCUUCAUACUGGAAUCGAGCCUUUCUCAGGUAGGAUUAUGUGGAUGAGGGUUUGGCACUCAAACUGGAACCCACAGCUGAUCCUCAGCUAUUACCUUGACACACUUGAUAUGCUUGGGCAUAUGCCCAUGGUCACCCAGAGUGACCCUGGGUCAGAAAAUUUCGGCAUUGCUAACGCACAUACAAUGCUCCGCCAGUGGCAUGAUCCUGCACUGCAGGGUACUUUGCAGCAUCGCUGGAUGCAAAACAAGAAGAAUCGAGAAUUGGACGCAUACCAGGACCGAGUGAAUAACACCCAAAAGAGGCGAGACCGGAACAAGAUUCUGCCACACGGUAUGCCGAACAUCGUCUAUCAGUCACCUGAGGACUUCGGUGCCUUGGACUUUAAAAUCACUGUUGAACGUGAGGCAUUAGAUCACUGUUGCUAUGAGGAACUGGGGUGCCCAUCAGUCACAAGGCAGUCAGCUUGGGAUGUAUACCUACUUUUACUUGAUAUGCUGCAAGGCAACGAGGAGAUACCAUCCGCUAUUGAAGAUGUUGAAGAAGAUCUCCCGCUUUUAGAGAACCACCAGGACUUGCCUUAUCGCGAGGAGAACAAUGGUACCUACUAUAUGGGUGGGGUGGGUGGUGGACUCGGACUCGGUGACAAGGAUUUAUAUCAACUAGAUAAUCUCAUACGUGACGACGAGCCUGACACUGCAGGUAGUAUUGAUGAAGACAUUGUCGGAUUGGAUCACGAUGGUCUGGUCGUAUGGGAGUUCUCUUAUUUUUCUGAUGUCUCAGAUGGUGACACAGAUGUACCGGUAGAUGAAUGGUGA